AACAAUCAACUAAAAAACAUUGUUUUUCGCACAAAACUUGGUGCACGUGAGGCACGCGGCAGUGUGGCAUAAUUUGGAGAAGCAAGAAGUGAUAUAAUUUAGCUAGGAACAUGACGGUGGUGGAAUUUUUCGGCUGCAGCUUUCUAGCGUUCGGACCACCGGUCGCUAUGUUUGCCCUCACGAUAGCGCACGAUCCGAUCCGCAUUAUCAUCCUGAUUGCUGCAUCCUUCUUUUGGCUGGUAUCGUUGCUACUUUCGUCAACCGUUUGGUUAGCAUUUCAUCCCGUCACCUCAAAGGUUACCUUCGGGUUGAUAUGCUCCGUUUUCAUUCAGGAAGGAUUCCGCUACCUGAUGUACAUGGUACUCCGCAAGACGGAAAGUGGCCUACAAGAGGUGACGGACAUCGUGCGCAUUGCCGACUAUCGACACAUUCUUUCGUACGCUUCUGGGUUGGGCUUUGGCAUCAUCAGUGGAGCAUUUUCGCUGGUCAACAUUCUGGCGGACUCGGUCGGACCGGCAACGGUGGGACUAAAGGCGGCCUCGGACAUCUUCAUGCUGAUCAGUGCCGCCCAAUCGCUCGCCAUGAUCCUGCUGCACACCUUCUGGAGCGUCAUCUUUUUCAAUGCUUGCGAUGUGAAGAAUUACUAUCACCUCGGCUACGUGGUGGCAAGCCAUCUGUUCGUUUCCUGUAUGACGCUGCUGAACGCGAGCGGCCUGUACGCCGUCACGCUGCUCAUUUCGUACACGAUGGUCGGCAUUACUGGCGCGAUAGCGUUCCAGGUGGCCGGCGGUACCGUCGCAUCCUUCCGAAAGUUUCUCACGUGCAAGUGAAAUUCCAAAACAUAACUUCGUGUACGAACAUCUUAACUAUAGUUUACCAUAUUUAUAAAUCCAUUUUAUGUAUCUGUUUCUCACACAUGCAUUACAAAAUUUCUUUCGUAUAAAACAAUAAAUUCGACGGCACACAAGCAGAUUAUACAAUA